UUGAAGCUCCGGAAACACGAAGAAGGUUUCGAUAAUCCGCUCUCAGACUGUUGAAGAAAACGAGCAACAAGGAUUCCGGAGCUCGUUUGGCAGUGGCGGGAGGACGGCGGUGUUUCGUACUAGACCUUUUCGAUAUUGUGCCUGACAGAGGUCGAAGAAACAGAGCGUAGCGCGUCGUACCGUAGCAUUGUGAAGUUCAAGAAGGCGGGAAGUGCAAGAGUAUGAUCAAAGCCGGAGGAGGAGGAGGUGGUGCUGGUGCUGGUGGGGGAGGAACUAGCAUUAUGGAGGAAGUGCAUCAGAAACUGGUGACAUUAAAUUACCCGAGGGCUUCCGUGCCAUUUCAAUCGCUUUUGUAUGCGGGGAGCGAGAGAUAUAUUCUUCUGGAAUGGCUUUUCUUCAAGCUUCUUGGUGAUAAAUCGCCCUUCACAAGGCAAGGACUAAUUGUUGAUGGAGGAGAUCGUGAUGAAGAAGGCACACGAACUCAAUACCUCGCGGAGAUCGCGAAGUUCCUGGGAUUAACACCAACCAUCGAUACUGAGGCUAUCCAGGGAAGAGGGACUUACGAGAAUCGGGCAGAGAUGCUACAGCUGAUAGUGAAUUUGGUAGAAGCCAGUUUCUCCGCUGACAACUCGGAAUGGAGUGUCGAUGACCAGGUCUCGAAAGAUAUCCAAUUAGUCGAUGCGAUAGCGGAGAAGCAGGCACUUGUUUUCUCUGAUGAGUGCAAACUUUUUCCUGGAGAUGUUCAAAGUCAGUCUUACUCAGCAGUUCCAGAUGUCGUAGAGCUUGAAGGAAAAUUCAGUGAGUAUCUCAGAGAAGUAACUCGGCUCCAACAGAUUGUGGAUAGACAUGCGUCAAAGUUAAUUUACAAACCAGAUGAAGAUCACACAGAAGCAGAAUCGGCAUUGCGGAUGCAGCUUGAAGCGUUUCUGGAAGUCGCCAAGGCUUUUGACACUAUCUACACGAAGGAAAUUCGUCCAUGGACGCACAUGAUGGAGCUGCCUCAACUCCAUGGUCUUGGGCCAGCUGCUGCGCGUUUGUUGGAUUCAUACAAGCUACUACUUCAGCUUCUACGCAAUCUAAGAAGUUUAAGAGAUUCCCAUGCUGCGGUGGCCAGCGGUGGUCUAGAUGGUGUCGGUGAGGAGGACGGAACUUCUACAGACGCUUCUCCUUUGGGACGUCUAAUUGGCGAGUGUGAACAAGCACUGAUUGUUCUCAACAAUGGACUCAGCAUAUUAUCCACUUCUCGUUCAAGAGUGAAAGCUCCGAAAGUCAGGUAGAAAAGAAAUGAACAUUUUUUUGAAAUGUUCAAAUUAUUGUAUUUGUAUUCAUUUUUUACGGGGACUGUUGCCUAGCGACCUGCAUCUCGAAGGAUCACUCUAGCCUGUUGUUUACUAUUUUUAAAAGUAUCAAAUAGAAGGUUGACUUCGUAACUGUAGGACAUCCUGCAUUGUUCAUCAUCACCAGUUCACUGUAAUCAUAUUUCACUCCUCUUGAAGGAGUAGCACUACCGUUGUAUUGAUCUCGGUAGCUUGAUGGAGUAUUUGGUUUUCGAGUUCCGUACUCAGGACCUUGGAUCUCAGCAUCUGUUAUUCUCACACGCUACAUUACUGAAUUGCAGUUUA